AUGGCCUGGAACGUCUCGAUCCACCCGCUCAACCAGCUCCUCCACAGCGCCGACCUCGCCAUCGUGGCCGCCCAGCUGGCCUCGACGCACUACGACAUCGGCGUCGACAUUGGCGCCUUGCCGUUCGACGAGUGGGCGAGCUACGUCGCGGCCGAGUUUCAGACGCUGCCGUCCAAGGCCAUGUCGUGGCGUGACGGGCACGUGUUCAUCACCGAGCUGCCGCUGCCACUGCAUACGGCCCUCGUUGCCGCGUGCAACAGCGUCGUCGAAGCGGCGACGGGCACAAGCAACUGGCAUCUCAAGCACUAUCGCAGUGCGAUGGUGGCGUCGCUGAGCCUGCUCAUCGAACCCGACUGCAGCUACGGCCCGGACCGUGGCGUCGGCGG